AUGGACUCGCUCGAUGCGCUGCGUUCUGUUCUCCCGUUGACGGUUCCGAUACCGUCGCCGGUGAAUAACACAUCGCUACUUACUCCCAAAGACAUUGCACGUGAAGAGGAUUUGUUGCGUAAUCCUGGAUCGUUGCAAGCAUGGUGGACCGCAAUCCAAAUAGCCAAAGAACAGGCGAUCGCGUCCCAAAAAACUCAGGCACUGGGAAACCCCCUGCUGGGUCCACUGGCCAAUCCAACGGCACGGAGCAAUCUCCAACGACUGACUUAUCUAUUCGAGUCUGCUUUGGUCCAUUUUCCGAGGAGCUACAAGCUAUGGAAAGCAUACCUUAGCAUGCGCACAUACUAUGUCCUGGGGAAAGCAACGAAACAAAAGCGAUCGGGUGCACGGAAAAAAUACGCUACAAUGCAAGAGAUGAUCGAGGAGGACGAAUUUGACGCCGAGUCCUGGGAAGGUGGGCUGAAUGGUGUUGUUGGCUGGGAAGAGUGGAAGGCACUUGUGGGUGUCUAUGAGCGUGCAUUGAUGUGGCUUCCAACGAUGCCUCGCUUAUGGCUCAACUACCUAACCAUAUUCAACCACCCCUGCCUCCCACCUGGGUUUUCCAAAACUCACGUUCGAAGAACUUACGACCGCGCGCUUAGAACGCUCCCUCCAUCACUCCACAACCGUAUCUGGCCGCGGUACCUCAUAUGGGCCGAACGUACGGGCGGGCCAACCACCGUGGCUGUCUUCAGGCGGUACAUUGCCGUAGACCCGUCGAUGACAGAACACUACACCAAACUGCUAAUCGAAAUGAAGCGCCCCUUGGAGGCUGCCAAGCUCCUUUUGGGACUUGCACGGAAAGCAGCGAGGGGAGAGUACGAGAGUCCAGAGGGCAAAAGUCCAUACCAGCUGCUCGGGGAAUGGCUCGAUGUUGUGGAAGCUUGGGCCGAAGACGUCGGUCUUGACCCCGAUGAAAUCAAACCAGCGGAAGAACCCUCCAAGAAAGAGGAAGAAAAGGUCGAACCGGUUUCAUCCACUGGGACGUUGAUACGUUUGGCAGGACCUAUGAUACCAGCAGACGGCUCUGGAAAACCAGCAGAAACACGACUAUACGAUCCAGACGAAGAUCCCACAAACACCCAAAAACUUGACAUUGAGAAGAUCAUUCACAAAGAUGGUCUGGAAAUGUACAAAGACCAAGCUGGGAGACUCUGGACUGGAUUGGCGACAUAUUGGAUCAAGAGGGGUGAAUUCGAUCGGGCUACGGAAACUUUCGAAAAGGGCAUGGCCAGUGUUCUCACUAUUCGAGACUUUACACAGAUCUUUGAUGCAUACGCUGAAUUCUGCGAAACACUCAUUUCUGCAUUGAUGGACGAGCUGGCUUCCCCUGAAGACGACGAAGAUACAGCCGAAACCGAAGCAGAACUCGAUACCCGCAUGCGCGCGUUUGAAAAACUCAUGGACAGGCGGCCGUUCCUCGUAAACGAUGUCCUCCUACGACGCAAUCCAAACGACAUACAAGAAUGGGAGAAGAGAGUGGCGCUCUGGGGUGCAGAUGACGAGAAGGUGGCAGAAACGUACACCACAGCUCUCAAGACCAUCAACCCUAAGAAAACAACCGCCAACGCACACCAACUCUAUGUCAACUUUGCGAAAUUCUACGAAUCGGGCGGGGUCGAGGGGCAGAACCCCAAGGACCUCGAGUCGGCCCGGCGGGUUUUGGAAAAGGCGACCAAAGUGGAGUUCAAGCAUGUGGACGAAUUGGCAGAGGUCUGGAUCGAAUGGAGUGAUAUGGAGAUUCGAAACGAGAACUUUGAUGAAGCGAUACGCGUUAUGCAGCGUGCCACGGCCAUACCGAAAAACGUGAAGAUCAACUAUCAUGAUCAGUCAUUACCAGUACAAGCACGCCUUUUCAAAUCGCUCAAGCUCUGGUCGUGCUAUGUAGAUUUGGAAGAAGCGAUAGGGACCGUAGAGAGCACGAAAGCGGUGUACGACAAGAUGUUGGAAUUGAAGAUUGCUAAUGCUCAAGUGAUUGUGAAUUAUGCAAGCUUUUUAGAGGACAACAACUACUUUGAAGAUAGUUUCAAGGUUUACGAACGAGGAGUCGAGCUAUUCACCUUCCCAAUUGCCUUUGAACUUUGGAAUAUUUACUUGGCCAAGUUCAUCAAGCGAUAUGGUGGCUCAAAACUCGAACGUGCGCGAGACCUGUUCGAACAAGCGCUCGAAAAAUGUCCAGAAAAGCAUUGCAAGCCCUUGUUCCUUAUGUAUGCCCAGCUGGAAGAGGAAUACGGACUGGCGAAACGUGCGAUGGAUAUAUACGAUCGUGCGACGCGGGUCGUUCUCGAUCAGGACAAGUUCGAUAUGUUCACAAUCUACAUCGCAAAAGCCUCUUCUCUCUACGGCCUCCCGGCAACGCGCCCGAUCUACGAACGAGCACUCCAAGUCCUCCCAAACAAACAAACCGCCGAACUCUGUCUCCGUUUCGCCCAGCUCGAGCGCAAACUCGGCGAAAUCGACCGCGCGCGAGCAAUCUAUGCGCACGCCUCGCAAUUCUGCGACCCUCGCACGAGCACCGAGUUUUGGAAAGCGUGGAACACGUUCGAGAUCGAGACCGGGUCGGAGGAUACGUUUAGGGAGAUGCUCAGGAUUAAGAGGAGCGUGCAGGCGCAGUAUAACACCGAGGUCUCUUUCUUGGCUGCUCAGGCCCAAGGAGCGAAGAAGGCUGCGCUGGAGAAGGAGCUGGCGACCGCCAAGACGGACGCGAUGGCUCAGGUUGAAGCCAAGACUGCGCCAUCGUUCGUUGCUGGUAAAAAGGAUGUGCCUGCGAAUGGGCAAGAGAACGGAGAAGGGAAUGCGGAUGAGAUCCAGAUUGACGAUGAGGAGUUUUGA